AUGACCAUUGAUGCCUCACGAGCCCAGCCCAGCCUUGUGCAGGUCUACAAUUUUAUCCCUGAUGUCCUUACACAGCUCUCUGGUCUUGGCCAGGUGUCAUCUAUUUUGCAUCCCGAGUGUGAAUAUAUUUUUCAGUUGGCGAGAGAUGAGCAACGCUGUCUCCGAGAGAUCGCAGAGCUUGGAAACAUCAGUGGGGCAGGUUGUUUACCUGUAUGGGAUUCUGUAGUGUGCUGGCCCAAAACGGCAGUGGGUGAGACGGUCCACUCGCCCUGUCCUGCUGUUUUCUCUCUCUUCAGUAAUAACACAGGUACAGUGAGUCGUAACUGCACCGCUGGAGGCUGGUCGUGGCCGUCCCCCUACCAUGAGGCCUGCAGUGUUGAAGCUAACAUCCCAGAGGAGUCGUAUUUUGCCACUGUGAAACUGAUCUACUCGGUUGGUUACGGAUCGUCACUGUUGUCUCUCUCAGUUGCCGUGGUAAUACUGCUGCUGUUCAGGCGACUACACUGCGAUCGAAACUACAUCCACAUGCAGCUGUUCUUCUCCUUCAUCCUGAAAUCUGCGUCUGUGUUUAUAAAAGACGCUACGCUGUUCGCCAGUGAUGACACAGAUCACUGCACACUCUCUACAGCGUCCUGUAAGGCAUCAGUGGUGUUUUGUCAUUAUUGCGUGAUGACUAAUUUCUUCUGGCUGCUGGUGGAGGCCAUGUAUCUGAACUCACUGUUGCUCUCUGCAUUCCCACGUAGUCGUCGCUGCCUGUGGAGUUUUGCUAUGUUGGGCUGGGGUGUUCCAGUAGUCUGUAUUGUCAUUUGGAUCUGCUCCAGAGUGUAUUUUGAGGACACAGAGUGCUGGGACAUCAAUGACGAUUCCCCUUACUGGUGGAUCAUCAAGGGUCCUAUUGUAGCAUCCAUUGGGGUGAACUUCCUUCUCUUCAUGAAUAUUAUCAGGAUUCUGGUGCAAAAGCUGAACCCUCGUUUGAUCCAGUUCAACAACUCUGCUCAGUACAGGCGACUGACCAAGUCCACCCUCCUCCUAAUCCCUCUCUUCGGCACUCAUUACAUGGUGUUCAGCUUCCUUCCAGACGUCUUCAACGUGAGCCUGCGGCUUUACAUCGAGCUCUGUCUGGGCUCCUUCCAGGGGCUCAUUGUGGCGGUUCUCUAUUGUUUUCUGAACCAGGAGGUUCAGAAUGAAAUGCGAUUACGAUGGAUGCGCUAUCAAGAGGGGAGUUACAAUGUAGUCCCUGUUGGAGCCAAAGGAAGCCAGAUGGACACUCCAUUUUAG